CCUUUGUCAAGUUCUGCACUUUCAUUGAAACGUCUUGUUGUUUCCCAGGCUAGGAAAUAAGUUCACAGGCUUUAUUUGAGCUUUGGAAGACAAGAGGGCACCACCAGAAGAUAAAAGCCGAGAAGUUGUCUUUGGAUUUCCCUGGAAGUCGAGUGGGACCCGCCAAAAAUUGACGGGGGAAGUAUACAUUUUAGAGCAGUGAGCCAUCGAAUAAAAAAAAAAGGCUGCAGUAGCAACCGAGUUAGAAGCGUGCAACAUUGUUGCAGUGAGGUUGGGACUGCGCCGACAAGGGAAUAGCUAACUGCAAUGCUUAACUGGAAACCAUUUUAUCAGACUUUUCUAUUGUAAAGUUCUCAAAUUCGAAUUAAAUCGCUGGUGUUUAACGGGAAUACAAAAAAAUAUUUUUGAAAAAAGGAUACAUAAAUAAAAAAAUUAAAAAUAUGCCGGACCAAAUUACAGUUUCGGAGUUCGUGGCGGAGACAAAUGAAGAUUACAAAGCGCCGACGGCUUCAAACUUCACCACCAGAAUGUCCCACUGUAGGAAUACCGUGACUGCUUUGGAGGAGGCGCUGGAUGUGGACCGCAGCGUGCUGUACAAGAUGAAGAAGUCCGUCAAGGCCAUCUACACCUCGGGUCUGGCCCAUGUGGAGAAUGAGGAGCAGUACACCCAGGCUCUGGAGAAGUUUGGAGAGAACUGUGUCUACAGGGACGACCCCGACCUGGGUUCUGCCUUCCUCAAGUUCUCGGUCUUCACCAAGGAGCUCACCGCCCUCUUCAAAAACCUGUUCCAGAACAUGAACAACAUCAUCACCUUCCCUCUGGACAGCCUGCUGAAAGGAGACCUGAAAGGAGUCAAAGGGGACCUGAAAAAGCCGUUUGAUAAGUCCUGGAAAGACUAUGAAACAAAAGUCACUAAGAUCGAGAAGGAGAAGAAGGAGCACGCGCGGCAGCACGGCAUGAUCCGCACGGAGAUCAGCGGGGCGGAGAUCGCAGAGGAGAUGGAGAAGGAGAGGAGGUUCUUCCAGCUGCAGAUGUGUGAGUAUCUUCUCAAAGUGAACGAGAUCAAGAUCAAGAAAGGGGUGGACCUACUCCAGAAUCUCAUCAAAUAUUUCCACGCACAGUGCAAUUUUUUUCAGGACGGGCUGAAAGCAGUAGACAACCUCAAACCAUCCAUAGAGAAACUAGCCACAGACUUACACACGAUAAAGCAGGCCCAGGACGAGGAGAGGAAGCAGCUCACUCAGCUACGGGACGUCCUCAAGUCAGCGCUGCAGGUGGAGCAGAAGGAGUCUAGGAGAGAUUCCCAGGUGCGACAGAGCGCUACCUACAGUUUGCACCAGCCGCAGGGAAACAAGGAGCACGGUACUGAGCGCUGUGGGAACCUCUACAAGAAGAGUGACGGGAUAAGGAAAGUGUGGCAGAAGAGAAAGUGUUCAGUGAAGAAUGGAUACCUCACCAUAUCACAUGGGACGGCGAACCGACCGCCGGCCAAACUCAACCUCCUCACCUGUCAGGUGAAACAUAACCCAGAAGAGAAGAAGAGCUUUGACCUCAUCUCACAUGACAGAACCUAUCACUUUCAGGCUGAGGACGACCCAGAAUGUCAGAUAUGGAUCUCUGUGCUGCAGAACAGCAAGGAGGAAGCGCUGAAUAAUGCCUUUAAGGGGGACCAGCACGUUGGAGAGAACAACAUAGUCCAGGAACUGACCAAGGCCAUCCUGGGAGAGGUCAAGAGGAUGACCGGCAACGACAUCUGCUGCGACUGCGGCGCUCCCAACCCUACCUGGCUCUCCACUAACUUGGGCAUCCUGACCUGUAUUGAGUGUUCUGGGAUCCACAGGGAGCUGGGAGUCCAUUACUCUAGGAUCCAGUCCCUCACACUGGAUGUACUCAGCACCUCUGAACUCUUGCUGGCCAAGAACGUGGGGAAUGCAGGCUUUAACGACAUCAUGGAGGCGUGUCUAUCUGCGGAAGAUGUGGUCAAACCCAACCCUGCCAGUGACAUGCAAGCCCGUAAGGACUUCAUCACAGCCAAGUACACCGAGAAGCGUUUCGCCAGGAGGAAGUGUCCAGACGGGGUGUCCAAGCUGCACACCCUGUGUGACGCGGUCAAGGCCCGGGACAUCUUCUCUCUGAUCCAGGUGUACGCUGAGGGAGUUGACCUGAUGGAGCCCAUCCCCCUGGCCAACGGACAUGAACAAGGAGAGACGGCCCUUCACCUAGCGGUCAGACUAGUGGACAGGACCUCGCUCCAUAUCGUCGACUUCCUCACUCAAAACAGUGUGAACCUGGACAAGCAGACAACCAAAGGCAGCACGGCCCUCCACUACUGCUGCCUGACUGACAACAUGGAGUGUUUGAAACUGCUGCUGCGGGGCAAGGCAUCCAUAGACAUUGCGAAUGAGUCUGGGGAGACGCCGCUGGACAUCGCUAAGAGACUGAAGCACCUGCAGUGUGAGGAGCUGCUGAACACGGCGUUGGCGGGGAAGUUCAACGUCCACGUGCAUGUAGAGUAUGAGUGGCGUCUGCACCAUGAAGACAUGGACGAGAGUGACGAGGACCUGGAUGAGAAGGUGAGGCCCAGCCCCCACCGGCGAGAGGAACGCCCGGUCAGCUGCUAUACCCCUGGCUCCAACUCCCAGCGCCAGCCCAGCCCUGCUUCGUUGGCACGCGACACUGCCAGCCUGGCCAAGGACAAGCAGCGUGGUGGGUACAUGCCCAACCUGGUCAACAACGAGACCUACGGCACCAUCCUCGACGCCAGCCCCCCCGUGCCCGGGGGGCUCACCCCCACCUCUGCUCCCCCUCUUCCCCCACGGAACAUAGUCCAGUCAUCAGGGUCCUCUGGGUGGAAGCCUGGCUCUAUAGACCUGGGGGUCCGACAGAGGUCCUCCUCAGACCCCCCCAAUAUCCACCCCCCCGUACCCCCCAUGAGGGUCACCUCAACCACGGGUCUUGCUCCUCCGCCUGUGGCCAAGACAGUGAGUAUGAUGGAGGCGAUGAACCAGCAGUCAAAACCGGGGACCGGACAGGGCCACAACAGAGCCCCAACACCGAAGUCUCCUUCUGGCAACGACAAAAGCUUCAGUAAAGGACCGACUCGAACUGGGUCCAUCGAAAGACCAGCUAAAGAAGUGCCGGGAUAUCCCCACAACUCAGUAGGUCAAUCGCUGCCUCCCGCCCCCAUGCCUAGGAAGACCUAUCCGAAGCAGAGGCCCAAGCGGGUGAAGGCCAUCUACAACUGUAUGGCGGACAAUGCAGACGAGCUGACCUUCUCUGAGGGGGAGGUGAUCGUGGUGGAUGGGGAGGAGGACCAGGAGUGGUGGCUGGGCCACAUCGAAGGAGAACCUAUGAGGAGGGGGGCUUUCCCCGUCACAUUUGUACACUUCAUCAUGGACUGAAGGUCAAAGGUCAGAGGUCAACACAGGACCUGGAAUGGAAACCAUGGAAAUGUCCUCCACCUCCCCACAUUUCUGUGGCAAAAUUCUUUGUCAUCAGCAAAGCUUGUGGCUGCACCGACACUAAAGAAGAGUGAAGUGUCGCUGCCCAAUGCUUUGGCUAUACAGUCUGUUGCCAUGACAACAGAUACACCCUUUACUCCAGGAAUGUCAUGUGAUGUCAUAUCACUCGAUUUAGGCCAAGCCUGCAAAGGCUCGUGGGGAAACUGUGUUUUGACUUCUGACACCAUCUGACAUUUAAAAAAACGAUGAUUGUAGUAGAUAACCUCUUGCAAUAAAAUGCACUUUCUGCUUAUUUAUCCUGGUCGCGACAUUUAGAGGAUUAUUGACAAAAUGAAGGUUCUGUUAAUAACUAUUUCACUCUGUUGUCUUUGGUUUUGUGAAUUGUACAGAAAGUUCUUCAAGGACAGCAAUGUGUAUCUUUAGGAUUUCUUUCACUUAUUGUUAAUGUGAAUAUAGUCUAUAUGCUUACAUUCCAUCUCCUUGCAUGGUUAAAGGGUGAACCAUUUCUAAACGCUUAACUGCUUAAUAGGCAAAGGCAUGUAAACUUUAUAGCACUCACAAUGUGGGAAGCAGACUCUGUGGUGGAGUGGUGCCUGGAGAAGUGGGUAUACUAUAAUUUGGCAAAAAAUAAAUCCCAAAGGCCUGCUUGGUGAAGGAAAGGAGCCUGUGUGUUAAACUCUAUGACAAAAAAAAUUAUAAAUCCCAUGUUGGUCUUUAACAGUUCAGGAAACUGAACCUGUACUGUGCUAGUAGUCUGAUAGGACUACUAUUGAAACAAAUAAAUGAGGCGGUCAACUGAGUCAGAAAUAUUCAGUCAAACAAAUUAAAACAUUAAAUUUAGAGUUUUUUUGGGGGAAAGCCUUUCCAUCUAGGCUACUAGAAGAUGAUUAGGCCUAUUAUUAUCAUUAGCUUUGCUAUAUUUUUUCCCUGUUCCUUAAUUAUUAAACAUCCAGAUGUCAAACGUCAUUAUGGGGCAUCUCUUACAUUCUUAAAAGUAGCCUAUAGUUAAAAUCCCACCACAUAAACAUGGAGGUCAUUAUUUUCUAAAGACAUCCUCAUAUUCCACACUCCUGUUCUAUUGGUUUUUAAAUCUACUUUCUUUCAUUGUUUUAUCAGACAAAGGCAUUAUCGUCGUCAUAUUAGCAACCCCGUAAUAAUUGUUGCAUCUUUAGAUCUCCCCAUCUUUCAAAAUGUCUCAGUCUAUGAAUGGGCUCGCAUGUGCAGUGCACAUUUUUAGAACUGCGUUUCCCUGCAAAUUGUGUUUUGGAACAUUUGCGUGUAACCCGACCGCCCACGUGUACAUUACUGCGCUUAAAAUGUGAAGAAAUAAUAGUUCAUCAACGUUUUAAGAUAAACAUUCUGAUUGGAUCCAUCAGCCUUAUUAAUUGAUACUGCGUAUACCUUCCACCACACACUAGCCACGCAAUGCCCACACAAUGCCCACAAAAGAAAGUGGGUGUAAGGCUGCGUAUACCCGCCACCACACCACUCGUUAAACUUAAUUCAAAAUGGUGCUAACCCAGUAAUAUGCUAAGAGUCCUCCCCUAUGGGUCAUCCACUGUCCCCAUUUCUAGACAGCCCUUAGUAACAACAGGGGGUUGCCGGGGGGUAUAUUUAGGCCUGUAGUUAACUGGGAGAACCCAGGCUCACUAUCCUACUCUGUGCGCUGACCUGCAUGCAUAUCAGCUUGAAACAAUAGAAGUUACUUACAGCACAUCAUCUCCAUGGCCUACAGUGUGGUGCUAGAUUUACUGCAUUAGCCCAUCUGACACCUUUUACUCUGUUUAUAAAAUGCCUCAUUGUUGCACUUCUUACCCUUUUUGCUAUAUCAAUAUCACCAGUGAAAUGGAUGUUGUGAACUAUCUUCGCUGCAUAGAUCACACUUUUAGUUGUGAACCACCAUCUUUUUGUGGCUCUGGUCAAAAGUAGUGCACUAUUUAGGGAAUAUGAUGCCAAUUGGGACAUGGAGCUGUGCAUGGGGCAAGUGCUCCUGUCCUGUGGCUUUUUUUAUCUGUAGUGGACAGCAGGCUACCAAAUGGCACACACACAGAGGUACAUGUGGACACAUGCACAUAGUUGUCAUUGUACUAAAAAUAACUUGUCCUUUGAGGUGACAUUGUAAGGGGGAUGGCAAUACCAAAUGACACACUUGAAAGGACAAUGCAACUACUCACACUUACACACACACACACACCUACCAUAGUAUUCAAUCUGAUUCAUAGUGCUCAGCCUAGAAUUCUACCAUAGUCUACAACUUGAUUACUAGCUGGGACCAGCAUUAGUUACAGACCACCCUUGUUUUAUAUAUCCUAGGUCCCAUACUGAAGAGUAUGUUUUAAAAUGUAAUAUUCUUACAACUCAUUUGACGUAAUGUCUGACUUUGGUUGCAGAGCAACUCUACUCUAUACAUGUUUGAUGUUUGAUCUUAAACGGGACAUACAGUACUCUCAAUUGUGAAUGAACUACGAUAGACGACGACAAGAGGCGUCGCAUGUAUCUGCCACACCAUGUUAACUCACUGGAAAUAGGAUGGUUCAUCUGUAAAUGUACAUAGAUUCUGUUGAUAUUUAAAUGUAUAAAAUAAGAGUUCAUGACCGUGGCAGUAACUGUCUUUGAAUGCACUGUGGUGACGUGCUGUUUUCCAGCUGGUGUUCAGUGUGUAGUCUAGUAGUGUACACACAAACCAAGGCUGAGAAGCUAUUCCAUUCACACUCAUUGACUCUGGAUCACAGCAUUGACUCGAACCUAUUGUGCAAAAUAAAUGGGGAAAUUGAAACUGGAAUAAUAAAAUGGAAUAAUUCCCAGUG